UUUUUUUUUCUCUUCUUCUUUUUCCCCAUUUUAUUUAAAUAAUUAAUAUGACUGGUCGUGGAAAAGGUGGUAAAGGACUCGGAAAGGGAGGAGCUAAGCGUCACAGAAAGAUUCUCCGUGAUAACAUUCAAGGUAUUACCAAGCCUGCUAUUCGUCGUCUCGCUCGUCGUGGUGGUGUCAAGCGUAUCUCUGGUCUCAUUUACGAAGAAACCCGUGGUGUCCUCAAGGUCUUCCUUGAAAACGUCAUUCGCGAUGCCGUCACUUACACUGAACACGCCAAGAGAAAGACUGUCACCUCUUUAGAUGUUGUCUAUGCUCUCAAGAGACAAGGCCGUACCCUCUAUGGUUUCGGUGGAUAAAUAUUCUUUUAAUAAAUACCUUUUUUUUUUUUUAAUUUCUUUAUUUUAUGUAUCGUGAU